AUGCUUCUAACGGCGCCGACGCUGGCAUUUUUCAUAUUCCGCGUAUUACUGUUUACAUGUAUUCUUCAAGCUUGUGUCUGUGCUCAGGUCGACCAAGCAGAUGGUAGUCCACCCAGACACCAGAACGUCACGCAGGAGGAAGUUUCAUGUCGACCAGUAGGGGACUGUGAAGCUUGUCCUCAUGAAUUGCUUCAUGAACCAUUUUGUCAACCUUUUGGCAACCGUCGCCGCAUGCAUUGCGUGAACAUCACCGCGACUGCUUUAUUUCCUUCAAUACCAGUUCAUAUUGGCGCACCAUUACCCCCACAUUCGGCUCUAACCCAGCCCCAUUCAAACGACAACCGUCAGCUCGACGAAACAACCGCAUGGGAGUCUUGCGGACGCAUCGUGGAUCAGGAGCGCGCAGAUUUCUGGGAAUUUAUAGCGUGCAAUGUUCUGUUUGCAGGAAUAUCUUUGUUCGUCCUUUUUGCGCGAUCACGUAGGCUACAGGCGCUCCAGGCGAGGCAACUGGCCGCGCGUAUAGGGUUAAUUAGAAACACUACACGUGUUAGACCGUAG